CGCCACCUCUCUCCGCGUCUUCUCUUCCUCCCACUCAGCUCUUUUCCUUUCCCACCCAGCAUUUUCCCUCAAGACCAAGCUCUUACCAUUGUAAACUACAAUUAACUCGAUCAAUCUGGUGCUCUCUGUACCCCCUUUUUCCCCUUUCGAACUCCUGCUUUCCAGACACCUCUGACCACAACCCCCGCUCACCAUGCCGUAUCGUAUCGAGGCCUCUCCGAACAACCGUGCUGGUUGUUCGAACAAGGAAUGCAAGGAUCAGAAGAUCAAGAUCACCAAGGGUGAAAUUCGUGUCGGGACCUGGGUCGAAACCGAGAACUUCCAAAGCUGGUCCUGGCGCCACUGGGGCUGUACUACUCCAGCUAUUCUCUCUAACAUCGCCAAGGGUGUUUUCGAGAAGGACAAGGUAACUGGCGAUGAGAACUUCCAGCUCAUCGAUGGCUGGGAGGACCUGCCUGAGGUUUACCAGGAGACGGUCCGCAACGCUCUGAUUGAGGGACAUGUCGCCGAUGAUGACUGGAAGGGUGAUCCCGAAUGCAACCGACCUGGUAAGCGAGGCUUCCGUCUCGCCGGGAAGAAGAAGGCCGCCGCCCAGAAGGCUGAUGCCGAUGGCGAGGGCGAGGAAACCAAGCCUGAAACCUCAAAGGACGUCAAGGACGAGCCCAAGAAGGAUGGCGCUGCUAAUGGCGAAGAUAUCAUGCUUGCCAAGGAGGUGAAGAAGGCUUCCAGCGCCAAGAACAAGAAGCCCACUGAUGACGAGAAGGCUGAUAAUGGAAAAGCCCACGAGGAGGAGACUAAUGGCGAGAAGUCCGACACCGAGCAGGGUGAUGAGGAGGAGAAGCCCGUCAAGGCCAAGAGAAGCACUCGUGCCAAGAAGAUCAAGACCAACAAGUCCGCCGAGAAAGAGAUUCCUGACUCUGCUGGAAAGGCCAACGCCAAGGCCAAGCGAACUCCACGUGCUAAGGCUGCUCCCAAGGAGGAUGGGGAUGCUGAGACUCAGCCUGCCAAGCGCCGCGGUCGUCCCCCCAAGUCCGCCGGUGCCGCUGAGGAAUCGACCAAGCCUGCUGCAAAGGGAACGAAGCGCAAGGCCCCCGUUGAUGAUGAGCAGGAUGAGACUGCUGCGAAGCCCAAGCGUGGUCGCAAGAAGGCUGCGGCAGUUGAAGAGGAGAUUGAGGAGCAGGAAGCUGCCUCCGUGAAGCCCAAGCGUGGCCGCAAGCAAGCUGCUGCUGAGACUGAGAAGCAGGAUCCUAUUUCUGAGAAGCCUAAGCGUGGCCGCAAGAAGGCCACCAAGGAGUAGAGAUCUGCGAGAUUCUACCAGUCAUCAGCCCUAUCGAUCCAAGCUUGUACCUAUGCCCCCGGGGUUGAUCAUGGAACCAUGCUACGUUUUCGACAGUGGAUGAUGAAACCUGUUCUUCAUUUCUCAUGCACAUUGGAUGAAACUCCUUUGUGGUCGUGAUCUUAUGAAGCGCCUCGACGGUUAUUUGUUUCUUUAAGUCUUAAGGGUGGAUUCUUCGCGUUUAGUCCAUGGCUGAUGAGAAUUGAUGCCAUGGUCAUCUUUGUAUGAAUAUUUCAAAGUCUGUCAUAUCGCGUCCGAGGACUGCAAUUUUAAUCUGAACAUUUCCCACCCGGUCGGA